UCCGUAAAUGAAUACACGUCCCAGCAUGGUAGACAUGUUGAUUUCCUGGUUCAGGCUGCGAGGUGUAUGAUGGGAUACAAAAUUUUGUGACGUCAUUAUGGCCUAGUUGGGUUAGGUUUAGGGAUGCAAGUGUAUUGAAAAUUAUUUGGUCGUUGGAAAUGUAUUGAGCCUUAUUGGUGUUUAUUGUUUCGCACUAACGAACCCAAGUAUUUUGAAGAAAGCGAUAGACAUACAGAGAGGUGUGGAAGUUUCGUGCAUUGUCUGAAAUGUCUCGACAUGAAGAUUUGUAUUAUGGUGGAGAGGCACUUACAGUUGAGCAACCUCAAGCUUUCACAUGUCCCUAUUGUGGCAAAAUGGGUUUCACUGAAACUACUUUACAAGAACAUGUUACCAGUGAACACUCAGAAACAUCAUUUGAAGUGGUGUGUCCAGUUUGUGCUUCCUUGCCUGGAGGUGAUCCGAACUUGGUGACAGAUGAUUUUGCAGGUCACUUGACUUUGGAACACCGCAGUGGGCCACACCAGUUAUGA